AACGGUUAAAUAAAAUAUUAUACAAUGAAAGCUAAAAAUAAAAAAAAUAUAGCUAAAGCUAUUACUACAAUUAGUAAGACACAUAAAAUUAAAAGAAACAAAAUAAAACGUUUGGCAGAGAAGAAAGGGAAAAAGAAAAAAAAGAUAUCGAAAAAAGCUCUGAUUGAAGUUGGUCUGAAAAGUGAUACUAAAAAACCUAAAUCAACUGUAGAAUCCACUCAAUCAAUUACCAAUGAUAGUUUAGUAAAAUUAACAAAUAUUAGUUAUAAAGGAGCACCAGAAAAUCCUACUUUUUACAAGCGUCAAAAAAAGGUUGAAGGAGAUAAAACUCCAGUGUCAUUUAUUAAAAGAAUGAAAGAUAAAUUAAAAGGUGCAAGAUUUAGAUAUUUAAAUGAACAAUUUUAUUCAUCUACCAGUCAAGAUGCUUUACUAUUUUUCAAAAAAGAUCCUGAGGCAUUUAAAGCGUAUCAUAAUGGUUAUAUGCAACAAGUUAUUAGGUGGCCAGUCAAACCUUUAGAUGUAAUAAUUAAACAAAUUACUCCAAUGUUGAAAAAGUCCAAGGAAAAAUCACCUGUUGUUGUCGCAGAUUUUGGCUGUGGUGACGCUAAACUUGCUCAGGCUUUCCCGAAAAAUAAAAUCCAUUCAUUUGAUCUAGUUGCUGUUAAUAAACAUGUAACUGCUGGAGAUAUGGCUCAUACUACCUUAGCCAAUGGAUCUGUUGAUAUAGUAAUUUUUUGUCUUUCUUUGAUGGGCACAAAUUUACAAUCAUUUAUCAAAGAAGCUAAUAGAGUCUUGAAAACUGGUGGUUUAAUGAAAGUAGCAGAAAUUGAAAGCCGAUUUGAUAAUAUUAAUAUUUUUAUUGAUCAUUUAACUAAAUAUGGAUUUGAAAAUUUAAAAUUAGACCGGGAAAUUGAAAUGUUUGUUUUCAUGGACUUCAAAAAAAUUCAAGAUAUUAGCAAGACAGCUUUAAAGAAGAAGUUGCCGAUAUUGGAAUUGAAACCAUGCAUUUACAAGAAACGUUAAUGUUCUGCCAAGUUAAAUAAAGAUUUUUAACUAAAAUAGAUGAUAAA